UGCUUGUAAACGUAAUAUUCAAUGUAAAAUAAAAGUGAUCACUUUUGUGUGUUGCAUGUAUUGUGUGAUCCAUUUAAAAAUUUUAAGACGUUAACUCUACAUUUUCAAUUACAUAUUUUACCCUUAUUGUAAUAAUUUCGUUGCCAUUUUAUUUGUUUCAAGUAAUACUUUUAUGUAAUUUGUUUGAAAAAGUAGGAGCCAAGUAUCUUGUGUGAAAUAUGUACUAUAUUUUGUAUUAGUAUUAUUGUGUAACUUUAAUAGCACAAAAAGCAUUCAAGAUGAGCUACAGUCGACCACCGCCUAGGAUUGAAGGCAUGGUGUCCUUAAAAGUUGACAACUUAACAUACAGAACAACACCUGAAGAUUUGAGAAGAGUUUUUGAAAGAUGCGGCGAGGUUGGUGAUAUAUAUAUCCCACGAGAUCGUUUCACUAGAGAAAGUAGAGGUUUUGCUUUUGUCAGAUUUUACGACAAACGUGAUGCUGAAGAUGCACUAGAUGCUAUGGAUGGUCGUAUGCUUGAUGGUAGGGAAUUGCGUGUUCAAAUGGCUCGUUAUGGACGUCCAACAUCACCAUAUAGGAGACGUCGUAGAAGGUCACGCUCACCUAGGCGUCGAUCAUACUCUCGGUCAAGGUCAAGAGGACGUAAAUCACGUUCUUAUUCAAGAUCUAGAUCACAUUCUCGUUCUCGUUCUGGUUCUAAAAGUUCAAGAGGGCAUUCAAAAUCUGCAAGUCGCUCACGAUCUUAAGGUUUGAUGUCUUAAUUGUGGAAAUAUUUUCAUUGAUUUUAGUUUACUGAACGCCACUAAUUUUGGUUUUACUGUAAUAUUUAAACUUAAUUCUUUUUAAUAAAAAUUGUUUGAAUAGAAUUAUUUUAAUAGUAUUAAGUCAAUAUUUGUAGCUUGUAUUAAAAACAUAAAUUAGUAAUAAUUAUAUAUAUUUAUUAUUAUAUAACUUCAUAAUAUCUAGAAAUGACUAUGUGAUGAUUUUACUCUCUUAGUUAAUGAUAUUCUGUAAAAUUAGCAGUAUAAAUUUUUUUUAUGUAUGAUUAACUUGAAUACUGUAAGUGAUUAAUAAAUAACCAAUAAUAGAAAUAAUUCCAAAAAAAUACAGUUAAAUUAUUUCUGCAAACUUUUACGCUGUUUUGUGACAGUUUAAAUUAAACUUUAAUUAAGGCAAAAAAUUUAAAUUUUCAAUUAAAGUUGACCUUCAAUAA